AAGGAAGCUUCCUGUGAAAGCGCCUGGUGUAACAGAUAAUGUAGAAUCAUGUAUCCUCUGGGGCGUACUUCCUUGUUGAAUUCAUUUAGGCACAUGGUGCUUUUCUCUGGUGCUCUUUCCUCUCCCAGCCUUCCUUGGGUGACCAUUGAAGCUAAUUUAAAUAUAGAAAACACAAUAACCACCGCCAACCUUUCGCACCUUUCCUUUUGAUCUUGUUCUGAACAUAUUCGGGGUUCACUGUCAGGGGAUUGGGCAUCCACCUAAUCGGAUGAUUCAAGGUCUGAUAGCUUUGCAGACGCAACCUAUUUAUAUCAAAAAAAUUGUUAGGUGACUUUCUUGACUUCUGGAAGCGAGCUGAAUCAGUAACUUAAACUGGAUUUUAGUCAUGUCUGCUUAUGCCCAUCAAAUGGAGCGACAAUAUUCUGCAGGAAGUCUCUCAAGUGGUUCUGAGAUGGGGAGCCGUUAUAUUGUGGAAUCAGGAUUCUACAUGACAUCUUUCGCUGCAACAAUCUUCAUCACUGGACUGGUCACUGCUGGGGUUUUGUUAAUUACUUUGCUGGUCUCAUUGGCAGUGAUGCUGCAGUCUUGUCAAAGUAAACAUGCUGGAGUUAUUGAGCUCCAGAGUAUGAAUGAUUAUUACAGUUAUUGCAAGAUCUGUGCAAUGCAUGCCGAACUUAAUAACUUGCAAGGCUACAAUCUUCCCAAGGUUUGUAGAGCUCCUGCUAUACGGUAUGUCAAAGGAGGUCAGUACGCUGCAGACUUGGAUUCGACCAUGUCUCUGAUUGAGGAUCACUUUAGCCUGGUCAAACCAUCAGAUGAUGUUUUUGGUGUGGUGUUGAUCGAGAUAGAUGACCUUUUCUCUUCAUAUCCUCAUUCUUCCGGUUGGCUUCACAGGUUUAAUAACUACGGAGUGAGUGAAUGUAUGAAGGAGGCAAGGAAUUCAAAGCUUAAGCUUGUUUUAAGAUUAUACAUGAACCUUAAAUCUGCCGGGUGGCCAAUAAUAUUGUUAUCAAGAGAACCUGGAACCCAGCGAAAUGUCACGACUUGUCAUCUUAUUUCCGCUGGAUUUAGAGGCUGGUCUUCCUUGAUGAUGAGAGAAGAUUAUGAGGAUUCCAUCAGAGGGAAUGAAUACAUUAUAAGGAAAAGGAAUGUGAUUGAGGGGAAAGGAUUCCAUAUAAAAAGUAUCAUAAGCCACCUUAUGGAUGCAGUCAUGGUUCAAGAUCCUGGGAUGAGAAAUUUUAAGCUUCCGAGCCCUCUGUGUGAUGAGUUUGAACAUCAAAUGGAGAUUCCAGUUGCGCCAUACUAGUUUAAUUUUUUGGGGUCAUGGAAUGAAUAUCCAUUUCUUUUUCUUUUACCACAUUUUUUCUGAUACGGCUGCUUAAUUUAGCUUACUCGUAUUAGGGAAAAGCUAUGAUUGGUAUCUAAAUUUUCAUUUGUACCUAAUAUUAUUUUCUGGGGCAUGAAUUUAUGUAUGAAUUAAUAUCUGUAUGUAUCAAUAUAUGGUAUAAAAUUUAUAG